GAAGCAUCUAGAAGCUGAUGCUGUAGUAUCUUCACUCGGCUCUUAAUUUUUAGAAGUAAAUCUUUGUAAUACUUUUCAUAAUAAUUUGCAAAUAAAAUUUUAUGAGAUGUCCCAUCACCGUUCGUAUUGCAUUGUGUUAAUCGUGUUGAGUGUUAUUAUUUUUGAAAUCAUCGAAGCUAUUCCACAAUUCGAUUUUGGAAGAUCAAUUUUGAAUCCGGGAGGUUUUGCACAGCAAAACACCUAUCGGCAAGAAUCGAUUGAUGAGUUUCUUGCUCUUAGGCCAUCGAAUCUGAAUCAGAAUGGAAAACCGUGUGUUCCUCAGCAAUUUUAUCCCCGACGAGCCAAACCGCCGUAUAAUAGCUACGGAGGCUAUUUCUGCGGUAAUCAGAAUCCACAGCGUCCUAUACAACAGCCCGGUCAUAAAAACAAUCCCUUUUGGUCACAUUUCUCGAAUGUAUUUGGUGGAGUUUUUGGACCAAACACAAACGUAGUUGCUGCUCCAACGGCAGCGGGCAACGGCGUGAAACCGAUUCGCGAAGACAACGACCAUGACAAUAAUCCAAACGAGAUUGAUAGAUGGAAACCAGGCACACCGGUCGGUGGAAUACAGAAUGUUGUCAAUGGACUUCAUCAAGAUCUAUCUGGCAAUAGAUUUCCAAGAUUAUUCUAAAACAUGAACAAUUUAAAAAAAAAAACUGAUUUUG